AUGGGAAACAUGCGACAAAUGGAGCAAAAGUAUGAUCUUUCCAAGUGUCACGCGUACAACGAGAAAAGUUCCUUCGCCUUUUGGAUCGUGCUGGUACUGCUGUUCUGUCUCGCGUUGGGCAAUCUCUGUCUGACGCUUUCCAUAACGGCCAUUCUGCGGAUCUAUCGUGGUAUGGAAAACAUUGAGCUGAUACAGGACGCGGAUGCGAUAAAAUUUUACGGAAAUAUCGAUUUCGACCGUGUGUACAAGCAGGACGGUCUGUUGGAAGGUUUCUACGAUGAACCGCUAGAGAUAACCGGAGACGAUGGUGAUGUGUCGAUCAAUCUGGUCAAUCGGAAUGGACAUUCGCAUAACAAAAUUCAGCUCACCAGGGCGGGCAGCUUUUUGAAGGGAAUUAAUCAUUUCGAUGUGAAGGAUCCGGUCACGGGCAAGCAGGUGUUUGGGACGUCGCGACCGAACUAUAACAUGCCACAGGGCGCUAUGAUUUUGCAGGCCCAUCUGAUUAACAGUGGGCGCAUUGCGUCACCCAUUAAUGACACGUUGAAGUUGCAAACGCGAAACAAACUUACACUGAAGGGUACGGAGGGUAUCCGAAUGGAGGCGAAGGAGUUGCUGUGGUCGGCAGAUCAGAACAUCUUUCUGAAGUCGGACAAUGGUAGCACUAUGCUGCUGGGUGGGAAUGGUGUGUGGAUUAACGUGAACAAUCUGCCGGUGGUAAAGGGCGAACAUGGCGCACGGACAGGAUCGUCUAGUCAGUACAAGCUGUGCGUUUGCUAUCCUCAGGGACGCAUCUUUCGUAUGGCUGUACCGAAAUCACACAAUGCUCGGGUUAACUGUGCCCAUUUUAGCGCCAAGGAGAAUCCGUGCGUGUAG